CGGGGUAGGAGAUCUGGGGGAUUUGAGAGACGCAUUUAUUCUUGGUGGACGUCUUCUUGUCACUUGCUCAGCUACAUUUCACCCCUGUCCGAACCAGAAUACGACGCAGUCAUGGCUGAGCAAUCUGCAUUCUACAUCACCAGCGUCGCCCAUGUGAGUAACUUCCAAGCACAUGUUCGACAUGAUAUCGGCACGCUACAAAUUGCCGCAAUCGCGAGGCGCAAGCACCUCAUGGGCGUUCGGGACUCUGCUUGCACAGACAACCUUGCAAAACCUCGCCCGCUCCUUCCCUGCUUCACACAUCUACAAGAAUCUACCACUAACAUCCCAGGGCAUGGUCCUCGCCCGGUCCCCCAACGGGCAACCUUCCGGCGUCGUCGCCCAAAACCGCGGCGACCAGGACGCCCCCCAAAAGUGGCUCGUCGAAUCCGGCGACUCCCCCAACAUCAUCGCCCUCCGCUGCGCCUCCACCAAUGACUACCUGCAUGCAAACGGCGGUGGCAAUUGGUCCACUGUCGGCACCGGGGCGAAGCAGUGGUGGAAACUCGACACCGACAACGUUACCGUGCCAGGUGCGUGUCGCCUCUCGCCCGUCGAGUAUCCGAAAGUGUUCUUGAACCAUUUCCAGGGGAUCAGGGUCGCCAAGGGCCAGAGCAUGAAGGUGCACAUGUGGCAGUGGGAGCAGCCGAAUCAAUUUUGCCUGACGUGGUACUUUUUCCCCGCCGACGGCAGCUUUGGGCCCAGCAGCGGCACUUCCAGCGCCGCCAGCGAAGCGUCCACUGCGAAGAUCGAGGAGUUGGAGACGGGCAAGAAGGAGGCUGAGAAGAAGCUCAAGGAGCUGCAAGACAAUAAGACGGCGAGCGAUGCUAAGCUCAAGGAGCUGCAGGACAGCAAAAAAGAAUACGACGCGAAGCUGGCGGAGCUGGAAGAGGGGAAGACGGGCUCGGCCGACACGAUCAAGGAGCUGCAGGAUAAGCUCGCGCGUCGGGAUCGCGAGCUCGAGGAGCACAAAGCUGCUCUGAAGAAGAAUGUCGAUGACCAGAAGGCGGCCGAUGCACAGCGCGCGCACGACGACGCUGCCAAGCAGGAAUUAAAGACGCACAAGAAGGCCGCGAAGCUCGAGGACAAGGCGCGCAAGAAGGAAGCUAAGCAGGCGGAGAAAGCGCAGAAGAAGCCGCAGAAGUUGGAGCUGACAAGCCGACUGCCGCCAUCCCCGCCGCCGUCGCCUCCGCAGGAGAAGGUUACGGUGUCCGCAACGAGCGGGGUUGCUGAGGAGGUGAAGAACGGGUGUAAGCACGUGGUGUUGCCGCCACCGAGGAAAAUCAGGAGGAAGGUUGUGGGGAUUGUAUAUGCGCAGUGAGAAGGUGGCGUAGAGCAGCUUGGAGUAAAACAGAGCACAGGAACUCAAGCAGAUGUAUCUAUGUUCGAUAGGGAGAACGCGAUGGAUGUUCGAAUUCACGACUACGGGGGUGUUGUAUUUAUACU